CGGCCCAGUGAUAGUUGAGUUUAGGGUUCAAGCUACUACUGGUAGUGUUGACUGUGCAAUCGGUAACUGUCAUCGGCGAUGGCUUCCGCGUUCUGUAAAUCAGCGGCGAGAGUAGCCUCCAGCUCCUUCGCCAAUCGUUCUAGAACCUUCGCUCAGAAACCGUCGACUCCUCUUCUCUUUUCCUCGCAAGUUCCUCGUGUUUCAAGGAUUUUGUCGGUUGUUGGAAGUGUUGAAUCAUUGAUGCCUCUUCAUAGUGCCAUUGCUAAUGCUAGACUCACUUCUAAUAUCGCCUCUGAUUCCACUUGCUGGAGCUGGCUUUCUCAAGACUUUGCAGUUCCCCGGUGACAAAGACUAAAGAAUUCAAUCAUUUCAAUCCUUGUUAGGUUGCAUUAAAGAGUUAACAUUGGUUAACAUCUUAAAAUUGGCUUAUUUAUUUCUCUUAUGGCUGCCAAAUCAUCUGUAUUCCCAUAAUGUAGUGUCACAAACUCGUUUAUAAACUUGUUAUUGUUAGUAAUGUAAACCUCCAUAAAAUUUCAGAAUAUUUUAAACGCAAUGCAUUAUUCUCAAAUUUGAUGAAACACCUUUCACCUCCAAGUCUUUUGAAUUUUAGAUAUUUAUAUGCUUCGAAAUAGUGCCUAGUAGAGCUGGACACCCGGUUGAUUUGGGCUGGGUUCGGUCCCAAUAUGUCAAACAGUUGAAAGCCAUGGGUGGAUUUGUUAGACUCAAUUUUGAUUGAACUUUUGAUCGGUUUGACCGGGUUCGGUUAAUUAAUAUUUAAAUAUAACAAGUUAAAUAAAAACUUCGGGCCUUCAAAUAUAGCAAGAGCCUAAUUUAACACUUAUACAUCAAACAAAUAAAUACGGAUCUUCAAAUAUUACAAAUGGCCUACAAAAAAUCAUGGUGAUUUAUCUAAUAGUCUUUCUAAUCAAAUUUUAAAAUAGUUCAACUUUCAAUAAAUUGUAAAUAGGUCAUAGCAUUAUAACAGGUUCUUAUUU